AUGCACUUUGAACUAACGGUAGAUUUGACAUAUCGAGCCGUCUCCAUCAAAGCCAGUUCUGCAGGUCUUCAGUUGCUGUUCCCUGAGCAUAAGGAGUACAUCUAUGUGGUGAAGACCACAGUCUCCACUGGCGUGGCUGAGCGUGCCACCUACUGGACGCUGGAUGGUAGGCUUACCGUCGCCGUCGCAAAUAACUUUACCAGAGCUAGACUUCAGUUGGAGAACUUGAAGGCUUCGGCGUUCAGCAAGAAUGAGCAUACACCCGGACAGUCAAAAGAAGCGGAAAAAUAUUUGACUGAACCGUGGGAAAUUGACUAUAAUGAUAACGAUUUAGUGGAAUCACUUUACGUGGGGUCAGAACCAGUUUGGACCACAAACGUCAAGAGGGCACUAUCAUUGAAUUUCCAGUUGAGCAAGAAAUCUGGAACCUAUGUGGUUGAUGAGCCCUGUCUCCAUCACAGCUGCACUACCAUCUACACAGUCAGCGGGAACAUAGUGAAGAAAUACACGAAUCAGAAGAUUACGUCUUCUGAAACUGAAUUCUUAUGGAGCUCUGUACCAACUAUCACUCAAUUCGCAGGAAGAAAUUAUCCAGAGUCAAUGUCAUCAGCAGAGAGGGUCUAUGAAGUGGAUGAUACUAGAGGACUCAUCAGUUUGGACUUGAAGGGGAGUCUGCAGUACAAGCUGAACAACCACAUCCUAAAUGUUAUUUCUGAACUUUCACUGUACUAUGAAACAUACAGACCAAUACAGGAUACGAAAGAGUUAUCAUUAAACAAAACAUCAAUAAUAUAUGAAAAAAGCGAUUUUAGCCACCCGUCCAACGGAAUUAGGGAUGUAAAAAAAAGUCAAUUGAAGAAUGAAACUUUAGAGAUUCUACUCAAAAUUGCAACAAAAGGUAUAGAUACGGACAAUGUGGUCAGGAAUGCGUCUCUCAUACAUAAUUUGGAUCUAUACAAUCUUUUAAACACUAUAGCCCAAUUGGAUUACGAGCAUUUAGUACUUCUGUUCGAUGAUCUGAUACUAGGCACCAGUUAUGAGCUAGAGACGGCCAGGAAUAUCUUUCUGGAGAUGCUACCCCACGCCAAAUCUAAUGAUUGUGCGAGAUUCAUCAAAUAUCUGGUCACGGAGAUGAAGGAGAAAAUAGAAGAUACAGCAAUAUUAUCACUUAUAAGGAAACUGCCAUUCAAUGUGGCAAUUUACAACCAAGCGCUGCUCGAAGAGUUGGAGGUGUUCACCAAGUUGGGGCUGGACUUUAGCGUCGAGAUCCGGAGAGCGGGGAUCCUAAGCUUCGGUAUUCUGGUACACAAAACCAGAGCGGCCUGGAGUGUCACCCAGGAUUACAUGGAUUACAUCGUGGUCAAAUAUUUCAGGAUGUACAGUGAUUGUCCUCAGUACUUUGACAGACUGAUCUGGCUCCAGGGUUUAUGCAACAUUGGAUUCUCUGCUUUGGAAUACACAAAUGUAAUAUUCGGUGACACAACAAAACAUAAGUAUGAGAGGCUGUGGGCAGCGUUUGGGAGCAGCAAUUCCAUACCAGAAGAACCAUAUGAGAUUCUAAAAACAGCGUUACCGAUAAUAACGAACGAUACAGAGCCCGUACAGCUCAGGAUAGUUGCACUCCAUUUGUUGCUGAGCUCUACAACAAUAAGAGAGAGUGACUUCUUAUUCCUACAUAACUAUAUAAAGAAUUCAACUGAUAACAGAUUGAAGAGUUUCUGGUAUUCGAGCGUGAUAAAUAUGAACAAAAAUAAGUCCUUCGGAGGCUACAGAGUCGCUUCGUACUACGUGCCGUACGUCAUAAAACAAGUGCCAGAGCCCGACUCCGUCUACUGGGCGACACAGAACAUGAUUCUGAGCGAUGAGAGUGGUGCAGCCCUGCAGUUCCUCUCGAUCGGAGACGACACCAUGGUGCCAGGGUUUGUUGGUGCGAAGGUCUCCACUGGUGGUGUCAGGUCGUAUCAGGCUGCUAUAUACGCAAUAGCUCAGGGUGUAUCAACAAAUAUAUAUAAGAGAUUCAAGUACUUUAACGUUGAGAACAUGAUGAUGGAACUCCUCAAACUGAAGCUUCAGGACCUGAACGCGUGGGUGCAAAAACUACCUGAAGAUGUUCACAUUGAUGUAGUGGUUAAAAUUCAAGAUAUGACGGUUUACGCGGCGCAUAUAAACUCUACGCAGUUCGAUGCCUGGAGCGGCCUUGACAUAAUAAUUUCAGCGAUCGAAUUCCUCCGACUGGGCAGUCAUAUCAACCAACAGAUAAUAUAUUUACCUGCACAGAUGGAAGUUCACCUGCCCAGUGUAUUAGGUAUACCUAUCAGACUUAAAUCCUCGAGUACAUCAUUCACUUCAAUCCGCGGCAACCUAACAGCUACAGGAGACAUAAUCAUCAACAAUGAUUUACAUUUGAGAUAUCAAGGUACUACGAUGACUUCGCUCUCCACUGAUGGGUUGCUGCUGCAGUCUGAACAUACGGUUCGAGUUCAGAGUUCGGUGGUUGCAUAUUUGCCCAUGAAUUUCAAUAUGACUACUUCAAAGGAAGGAAUCACAUGGUCCAACGUGGUCGGCCAAAAAGGAGGUAUAGCCAUGCACACAAGAACGCAGAUAUCUAAACAGACAGACAAACAAUUCAACGUGUACACCAUCGACAAUGACGAAGAGGUUGAAACGGAUGCAUUCGCAGACUGUAGCCACGACGCGACGGGAUAUGAAGUAUUGGAUAAUAUGUUGGUACUUAAUAGCGAUAAAUUCGGGAUUUUGACCUCCAUAAAGCAGUCGGUCUUGUUCCUGAAAGGUAUGGUGCAGAGUUCAGCCCCAGCUCCGUCCUCCUGCGGGGUCCUUCUCCCGCCACAGCGUAUAGCAACGGAUGACAAAGUUUUAGAUAUAACAGUGAAAAUCCUAAAUACCACGGACUUUUGGGAUGAUGGGAUGUUGAUAGAUCUGUCAUCACAGUUCAAAUAUUUCAGCAACGAGAACCCCGAAGUAGUAUUGUUUGAUGUGAAAGCUGACCUCAAAAUACGCACCGAAGACGAGAACAAAACUAUUUUGUACACAGUCAAGGGCCAUCAGCCAGAAAUUUCAGAUUUUGCAAUAUGCUACGAGCAGAAGUAUCAUACGUUCAAAAGUCUAGAUCACGAUAUAACAACAGCUCCGCUCCAAUACGAAGGUUAUAUGACGUUGAAGUUAGAUAACAAAUCGGCGUGUUCAGCAAAUCCCGAGCAAAUGUUGAAAAUCGCGUACAAUGGAAGACCCAGACAUGAACCUGAGUCUAACGAGAGAUAUUUGGCAUUUGAAGGUGUUACUAAAAAUAUACCACUCAGUAUAAUGUUGAAUUCACUAAAUCUAGAGAAAGCAAUUCCAUUACUACCCUCGCAGCCUACCAAAGAUGUCAAUGUAGAAUUUUCUGGAGUUCUGAAGGAAAACAACGGCCUGGUGACGCUGACAGUGAACAACGCGUCAGAGAUGAAGUUCAGGUCUCCAGACGUGGGCUGGUACCUGGACAGUUGGAGCGACAAGCAACUGUUUAAGAAACUUGGACUGUAUAAGGAGUGUCGCCUUCAGGAGUCUAUCGUUACAACGUUGGAGGGCACCGUGAUGCGGCUGCCCCCCAUGACCUGCGAACGGAGCGUGGUUCUAGCGGAUUGUUCUAAAAAACCCAGGUUUGCGGUGAUACGACGCUCGCACGGCUCCCUCGCGGUGUACUCCGGGGGGCACUCGGUGGAGGUCCGCCGGGACGGACCCUGGUACGAGUCGGCCACGGUCUACGAUAACCACCGGGCCAAUAAGUUCCACAUCCAGCAGAAUGAAGACACGAUCAAAAUAACUGCAAUCGACGCGGAUAUAGAGGUAUAUGUGAAGUACGGGGAGACGGUGAUCCUGCUGCCCAGCGCGUACAUGUCCUCAGUCUGCGGGGAGUGCACGGGACAUCUUCUGCAACCACCCAAAGUCUGCUAGUCAACCUUCGAAUA